UUUAACGGGAAAUCAAGUACAUCAAUUAUCGAGUUUUGAUUUAUUUCAUGUAUUUGUUACGUGCAUUGGAUUCGAUCUCAUAUGAAAUAAUGAACAACAGGGAAACCAAUAGUUGGUAAAACGACUAAAUUCCCUAUACUUUUUAUUCGUUGAGCCCGCAGUUUAUAAACUCUGUGAAAAAACCCGGUCAAUAUCAAUUAAACUCUGUGAACAUCGUGUUUUCAAUAUGAACGGUUUGAGACAAAGUGAUAUGUUAACCACAGAUCCUUCGCGAGUGUCAGGAGAUUCUGGCUUUAGUGAAUUACUACGAUUAGCGGAACAAUUGUCCGCUGUUGUAGAAGGAAGCGAAGAACUUCCUCAAGUUGAGAGAAAUCUGCGUCAGAUAUUAGAAACGUCUAAUGAACUCUGGUCUCGUGUCACGCAGACCGGCACUCAGUCUAAUCAAGUUCAAGCGCACCUUUUACUUGGCUCUCGUGGUGUUGAUUUAUCUCAGAUAUCACAAAAAUUAAGUUCACUUAGUGCAAGACGUACAUUUGAACCUUUAGACCCUAUUGCAGACACUGAUAUAGUUAGUUACCUUAGAAAUGAAAAAGAAAAUGCUAUUUUAUCUAUCAUUGAACAAGUCCACAAAGAUACUUUUGAACUCACUAGAGUUCAACAAAUGGAACACAUGUUGGGAGAAUGGAAACAGAUGCGUUUUGAGAUAAUAAAUGCUAUGACUACACCAUCUGGAGAACUUGUAGAUUUACGUGGUAUCCCACAACGUACUAAACUAGCUGGAUCCAUGAUCAGUGGUUUGUCCAGUGUAGAAGUAGCUUAUGUUAAAGAAUUACAGAAUUAUAAUGAUCAUGUGCUUAGAGGAAUAACUAGACCAGUUUUAUUUAAUGCAUUUUGUAAAGCUGCAGAGUCAUUUAAUGAUAAAAAGAUUGUUGAUAUGUGGCAAAUGGUUAAAUACAUGGUGGAUAUUCCACCAAUUCCUAAAGAGGAUCAAAUUAAAUCCAGAAGUACUCCGGUUGUUGAGAAGAAAAUUGUCUUGCAAGCUAGGAAAUAUUUGGAAGAUAGAUACAGAGAUUUUAUGACAUCUGUUAUUAGUGAAAAUUUGGCACAGGCCAAAAGAGGUGGCAUUCCAGGCACUGUACCAUUAGUUAAAAGUUUUGUCAGUGUUAAAGUGCAAAAUCUAAGAGAUUUGGAAGAUGUUAUGGUAGAGGGGAAACCAUUAUGGCCUUUAGUCUAUUAUUGCAUGAGAGUUGGGGAUUAUAAAGCAGCACUAGAAUGCCUUAAUCAAUGCAAUACAGAAUUUGCAGAAUUUAAAGCUGCUUUGGAACAAGCUUGCAAUGAUCCUCAAAGGCAUCCCAAUAGUUAUGCAGAAUCAAAUCUAAAAUUGCAUUAUAGAAAACAUGUUAGAUCAGUUACUGAUCCAUAUAAAAGGGUAGCUUAUUGUGCAUUGGUUCCAUGUGAACCUGAUGAUUUGCAUUCUGAUGUGAUCUGUACAGCUGAUGAUUAUUUAUGGUUAAAAUUGUGCCAAGUUAGAGAUCAACCAGAUGCAGGGAACAAGUUGACUUUAGAUUAUCUUCAAACUACCAUUUCAGAAAUAUAUGGAGAAUCAUACUAUCAUGCUCAUGAACAACCAUUUGUAUACUUCUCCAUGUUAUUUUUAACUGGUCAGUUUGAAGCUGCAAUUGAAUUUUUGGCCAGAGGUGCUGGAGCAAGACAUUUACCACAUGCAGUGCAUCUAGCAGCUGCUAUGAACGAGAACAACUUAUUAGGAGUUAGCCAGAGUGUCUUAGCACCUCUGAUAAGUGUUGACCCUGCUGACAAACCACCUGCAAAAAGACUAAACUUUGCUAGAUUGAUACUGUUUUAUGUCAAGAGAUUUGAUACUACUGAUCCUAAAGAGUGUUUACAUUAUUUAUUCUUAUUAAGAUGCAUGAAAGAUCCAUAUGAACGUAAUAUGUUUGCGGCAUCAGCUGCAGAGAUGGUGGUUGAUUCUUCACCAGAAAAUAGAACUCAGUUAGUGGGCAAGAUAGAAAAAGAUCGUUGGGUGCCAGGACUUUUAGAUCAAUUCCAAAUCAAUACACAGGAUGUCAUUAAUAUAAGUGCGGAUACGUUCUAUAGAAAAGGUCUAUUAGAAGAUGCUGCAACGAUGUAUGAUCUCGCUGGUAAUCACGAGAGGGUUCUUAGUUUAAUGUGUACUCUUUUGGCCCAAGUUGUCAGCGAAAAACCCUCACCUGGGACGCUAAGAGAUCGUUUACAAGUAACUGCUACUGAGAUAAGUAAAAGGUAUCAAAAUAUCGAGAUACAAGCACCGUCUGAAUUAGUAUCUGCGUUCUAUACUUUGAGACAUUUAAUGAUAUUUUUUGAUCAAUAUCAUAAUGAACAAUAUCAGAGUGCUCUUAGGACCAUCGCGGAAGCAAAAUUAUUACCAUUACACGUGAAAGAAGUUGACGAAAGAGUAAAUGUUUUGAGACGUGCAUCGCCAGAAGUGGCUGGUACAUUAGCAGAUGUUGUGUUAGCAACAAUGACGAUACUUUAUAAUCAGUACCGAAAGUUACGAUCCGCAAAAUUAGGUGGCGAACAAGCGACGCAGCAGCUACUUGAUGAUCUUCGGGAUAAAGCAACAGCAUUAACCAGUUUUGCUGGCGCACUUCCAUAUCGUCUGCCAGACGAGACAAAUAGCAAACUUGUACAAAUGGACAUUCUUAUGCGUUGAAUAUUAGAUAUUUAAAAUUUUUUAAUA